ACAAUCACGUGACUACAGUAACGCGGUACAAGCAUUGGCACACUGCUUUGGUAAACACUCCUGCGUCGUAUUAUACAAUUACAAGCGGUUAAGGUUUAAUGUUACAUCACUAGCAGCUACAUUUAGCUUCUUGUACGGAGAUUAUAAGUCCAUUUCCAAGCAUGGCACAGCAGCGGGGAGUUAACAGUCUACAGUUCAAUCAAGACCAAAGUUGUUUCUGUUGUGCCAUGGAGACUGGAGUUCGAAUUUACAAUGUGGAACCCCUCAUGGAAAAAGGACACUUGGACCAUGAACAAAUUGGCAGCAUCAAUCAUUGUUCCAUGCUACAUCGUUCAAACCUCUUGGCUGUGGUGGGUGGGGGUGUUAACCCCAAGUUUUCAGAGAUAUCAGUGUUAAUCUGGGAUGAUGCUCAUGAGGUCAGAGAUGUCAAGGAUAAAUUGGUCUUGGAGUUCACAUUCACAAAGCCGGUUCUCGCGGUGCGCAUGAGGCAUGACAAAAUCAUCAUUGUCUUGAAGAACAGGAUCUAUGUAUAUAGUUUCCCAGACAACCCUGUGAAACUUUUUGAAUUUGACACUCGAGAUAAUCCAAAAGGUCUAUGUGAUGUGUGUCCCAGUUUGGAGAAGCAAUUGUUGGUUUUCCCUGGACACAAAUGUGGUAGUUUACAGUUGGUGGACCUUUCUAACACAAAACCUGGUACAUCGUCUGCACCGUUCACCAUCAAUGCUCAUCAGAGUGAAAUAGCUUGCUUGACUCUGAACCAGCCUGGUAGUGUGGUAGCCUCUGCAUCGCAGAAGGGUACUUUGAUCCGUCUUUUUGAUACUACUACACGUGAUAAACUAGUGGAGCUACGAAGAGGAACGGAUCCUGCCACAUUAUACUGCAUCAAUUUUAGCCAUGACUCAUCCUUCCUGUGUGCUUCAAGUGACAAAGGGACUGUUCACAUUUUUGCACUGAAGGAUACCAGAUUGAAUCGGCGCUCAGCUUUGGCUCGGGUGGGAAAAGUUGGGCCAGUCAUUGGACAAUAUGUAGACAGUCAGUGGUCUCUGGCCAGUUUUACUGUGCCAGCUGAAUGUGCUUGCAUUUGUGCCUUUGGGAAAAACACUUCCAAAAAUGUCAACUCUGUCAUUGCUAUAUGUGUUGAUGGGACAUUCCAUAAAUAUGUCUUCACUCAUGAUGGAAACUGUAAUCGGGAGGCUUUUGAUGUGUAUCUUGACAUCUGUGAUGAUGAUGAUUUCUAAGAACAAUACUGAAGACAUCAAAAUUAGGAAAUAACAUGGGGAACGUAUCUGGAAUUAUGUGGUAAAUAUUUUUAGAUUCUUCAAAGUAGCCACCAUUUACCUUGAUGCUUUGCACACUUGGCAUUGUCUUAACCAGCUUUAUGAGGUAGUCAUCUGGACUGCCUUUCAGUUAACAAGUGUGCCUUUCCAAAAUUUUAUUCGUGCAAUUUCUUGCCUUCUUAAUACGUUUGAAACUAUCAAACACUAAAUAAUAAAUGUACAGUAAAUAGUCCUAUUCGACAGCUGUAGUAAUCCAAAUUGUCAAGAACUGCUCAACUAAAUAAAGAGAGGUGAGUCCAUUUUGUUAUUUGAAGACAUAAAGUGUAUUUUAAUUUGUAAAAAGAAAGGAAACAAAACAUUGAAUUAGAUGAUGUGUCCAAACUUUUGACUGGUACUACAUAUGAAUUUUAUAAAUUUUUCCCUGAUGAGCAAGCCAGAGGCAUUUUAUAAUGGGGCAUGUGGUGGUGAUCUGAAUUAACCAGAGGUGGAAAAACUGGAUUGACAAAGUAAAAGUCCUGCUUAGGUUUUCCUUCUGCCUGUGCUCUCAACACAGGUGAUUUCACCAAUUAGCUCAUCAACCUGGCUUAGGGGAUGUGGUAAUUAGGAUCAGCUGGUUCAUUGAAUUGGCUGGAGCAAAAAUGUGGCAGGGUUUUUACUUUCUGCACCCGGGUUUUUCCACCUCUGGAAUUAACCAAUCAUAGUCGAACUCAAAGUUUGACUGACAAAAACAUGUUCAAAAGUAAUCAUCAUAUCAUUUAAGAAAGUGAUUCCAAUUAAGCCUAGAAAAAGAUCAGCUGUUUCUAUAUGGUUUUCUGACUUCUGGGUUUUGUGCUACUACUGAAGCCAUAGUUCAUGAAAAGCUUACAAAAAAUACAUCAAUCAGCCAUAACAUUUAAAACCACUGGGCAGUGAAGUGAAUAAAGGCAUCUAAUUGUAAAAAAAAAAAAAAAUCCCUGGGGCACUGUAGCAUACUGUGCGUGCGUGUGUGGUUUUUUUUUUAAACUGCUUCAGAUGGGUUAAAUGCAGACAGAGAAUUUCACUGUACUGUAAUGUACAUGUAACAAAGGCUUUUAAUUCUAAAAAUCUAACAGUUUUCUGUAGCUGUGUGUAUAUAAUAAAUAAUAUAUAUAA